AUGCCAAACACAGCAGUUAAGCAGAAGACCAGCCAGAAGGCGAAAGCGGACUCGAGGUCCCCGUUCGAGAAUGGCGAUAUCUCCAUGCCUGUUGAUUCAAAUGACGACUCCGAUAUGGACGUGGAUGUUAAGGUGAAAGGCGUCAAGGAGAAGAAAGUACGGGAGAAAGACGAUGCGGAGAGGAAGCUGGAGCGGAUGCUCUUUGGUGACGAUGAGGGUUUCGUUGGCGCAUUGAAGAGCCAUCAGUCGCGCGACUUGGUGGCAUUUGGUGAGGAGAGUGAUGUGGAAAGCGCCAGCGAAGGGGAGGAAGAGGAAGCGGAGGACUCGGAUUUGGCGGGUGUCUCCGAUGCAGAUCUCUUCUUCCUCGACUCCGGCUCUGCGCCAGUCUCUACGGAUCUCGCAGAGCCUUCUGAAUCGGGGUCUGACUCUGAGGAUAGUGAAGCCGAGGGGACACUGCCCGCGUUGUGGCAUGACAGCGACGAUGAGCGCCUCACUGUCUCGCUCGCAAGCCAUCAGAGGCUGAGAAAACUGCGCAACACUGAGUCUGAAGAUAUUAUCAGCGGCAAGGAAUAUGUCAAACGGCUUCGCAGACAAUUCCUGCAACUGCACCCCGUGCCAGAUUGGGCCAACCCUGAAUUGAACAACAAACAGGAGGGUAACGAUUCCGAUUCCGACCGCGACAGCGACAUGGAUACGGAUGAGGAGAAUGAGCGGCUUUCUACGCAACCUUUGGCCAAGCUGCUGCAAAAUGCCAGCGAAUUGACCAAAUUGGAUGACGGCACGCGCCCAGGAGGCAAGAGAAAGUUGCGACAGGAGGUGAUAGAUAUUCACAGACUGAAGGAUAUUGGCAAAGACCAACCGUCCUCCGUUGAUUCUCUCAUGUUCCAUCCUCACUAUCCACUGCUGCUGUCUUCCGGUCCUGCGGCUACACUUUUCAUUCACCAUAUCUCCCCUUCUGCGGCGGCUCCCAAUCCCCUUCUCACAUCCCUCCACAUCCGCCGUACGCCUAUCCACACAUCCGCUUUUGCGCUGCCAAGCGGUAACAAGAUCUUUGCCUCUGGUCGUCGACGAUACUUCCACAUCUGGGAUCUGGAUACUGGCAAGGUUGAAAAGGUCAAUGGAACUGCAGACCGCAAGGAGGAACAAAAGUCCAUGGAACGGUUCAAGCUCUCGCCCUGCGGGCGUUAUGUCGGUCUUGUCGGCUCCUCGCGCAAAGGCGGUGGUAUCAUCAAUAUCUUGGACUCCAGUACCGGGCAGUGGAUUGCCCAGGUGCGUGUCGAUGGCCGGGGAGGUGUGGCGGAUUUCGCGUGGUGGGGCGACGGAGAAGGUAUGACAGUCGCCAGCAAGAGCGGUGAAGUAUCUGAGUGGGAUGGCCGUCUUAACCGGGUUGUCGCUCGCUGGAUGGACGCCGGAGCUGUGGGCACAACCACGCUCAAUCUCGGUGGACGAUCAGGACGGACGCAGCUGGGCGGAGAUCGCUGGGUCGCCGUUGGAAGUUCCAGCGGUGUGGUCAACGUCUACGACCGUCGUGAAUGGGCUGCUGCAUAUGCAGCGCAGUCCAACUCCACAGACGCGAAGACUGCCUCGCCGAUUCCACGCAAUCCCGAACCUGUACGCGCCUUGGACCAGCUCACUACGCCCAUCAGCCAUCUUGUAUUUGCGCCAGACGGCCAGUUCCUCGUGAUGGCUAGUCGGUGGAAGCGGGAUGCCUUGAGACUAGUUCAUCUCCCCACGUGUACUGUGUUCCGCAACUGGCCCACGUCCAACACGCCAUUUGGUCGUAUCUCUUCAGUAGCUGUUUCUCCGAACUCCGAUCAACUUGCUGUUGCCAAUGAGCAGGGACGUAUUAGACUCUGGGAGAUCCGGGGAUAA